CUGAUAAUUCCGGUAGUACCCGAAGGCAGCACGUUUCCUGUCUGCACACUAGCACUGACAGCCACCGGCCGGGCUGCAGAAUACGGAACAACCAGCGACAGACGCGCUGGUGAACGGCUAGUAGUUCUCCGUGUGUCAUUUGGACCUGUUCGCGUGUCAGUCUCCUCGUACCACAAUACGAACAUGACUGCGUUUGCUCCAAACUGUUCUGCCUGCGAGUAGAUUUAACGAGACACACCGCUCCCCGUCUCCCCGUCUCCCCGUCCGCGGCCGCUGUCAGCUCUUCUCCUCCCGGUGUCGCGGAUAACCCAAAUGGCGGACCCAACAGAACCAGCCCCGGGGCGCGUAGCGGAUGAGAAGACGGAGGACAUCAACGAGGCAGAGAUGGCACUGAAAGGAAUCAAUAUGCUGCUCAACAAUGGAUUCAAGGAGAGCGACGAGCUCUUCAGACUAUACAGGAAACACAGUCCUCUGAUGAGUUUCGGGGCCAGUUUCGUGAGUUUUCUGAAUGCCAUGAUGACGUUUGAGGAGGAGAAAAUGCAGAUGGCCUUUGAGGACCUCAAAGCCACAGAGAGACUGUGUGAGAGUGAAAACACUGGUGUCAUUGAGACCAUUAAAAACAAGAUCAAGAGGAGUACGGACUCUCAGAGGUCAGGGGUGGCAGCAGUGGAUCGACUCCAGAGGCAGAUCAUCAUUGCAGACUGCCAAGUUUACCUUGCAGUGUUGUCUUUCAUCAAACAAGAGCUGUCAUCAUACAUCAAAGGAGGCUGGAUCCUCCGUAAAGCCUGGAAGAUGUACAACAAAUGUUACAGCGACAUCACACACCUGCAGGAGGGCAGAAGGAGACGAGCUUCUGAACAGCGAGGGAUGGCGCCUCCAUCUCUGUCCUCCUCUGACCCGUCCAACCACAGCCGCUCCUCUUCGCCUGGGCCGAGACUGGACGGCGUCAGCCCAGAGGCUCUGGAUCGGCUGAAAGGUGCCGUCAGCUUUGGUUACGGCCUCUUCCACCUCUGUAUCUCGAUGGUGCCGCCGCACCUCCUGAAGAUCGUCAAUCUGCUGGGUUUCCCUGGCGACCGCCUUCAAGGCCUGUCAGCGCUCACGUACGCCAGUGAAAGUAAGGACAUGAAGGCCCCCUUAGCUACCCUGGCCCUCCUGUGGUACCACACAGUAGUGCAGCCCUUCUUUGCCCUGGAUGGCACAGACACGCAGGCAGGCCUGAUGGAGGCCAAAUCCAUUCUUCAACAAAGGGAGGCCAUCUAUCCGAACUCCUCCCUCUUCAUGUUUUUCAAGGGCAGAGUCCAACGCCUCGAGUGCCAGAUCAGCAGUGCCUUGACAUCCUUCCGGGAUGCCUUAGAUCUGGCCUCUGACCAGAGGGAGAUUCAGCACGUCUGUUUAUAUGAAAUAGGUUGGUGCAGCAUGAUCGAACUGAACUACGGAGAAGCUUACAGGGCCUUUGAGCGACUGAAGACCGAAUCCCGCUGGUCCCAGUGCUAUUACGCCUAUUUAACUGGAGUGUGCCAAGGAGCCACAGGUGAUCUGGAGGGAGCCAUCACUGUUUUCAAGGAUGUUGAAAGACUUUUCAAACGCAAGAACAAUCAGAUAGAGUUGUUCUCCAUGAAGAGGGCUGAUAAGCUAAGGACCCCCAGUCUAUCCAAACAACUCUGCAUCCUAUCUGUGAUUGAGAUUCUUUAUCUGUGGAAAGCUCUGCCCAACUGCUCUACUGCCAAGCUUACGACAAUGGCACAAGUCCUGCAAGGGAUUGACGAUGCCUCAUGUGCAGGCCUGAAAAACCUGCUUCUUGGUGCCAUAAACGGAUGUCUUCAAAACACCAACGAUGCCAUGCGGUUUUUCAAUCUGGCUGCAAGAGAUGAGGUCGGUCGUCUGAGCAACUCGUAUGUGCAGCCCUACUCCUACUAUGAACUGGGCUGUGUGCUGCUGAACAGCCCAGAGUCUGCAGUGAAGGGCAGAAUGCUGAUGCUUCAGGCUAAGGAGGACUAUGCCGGCUAUGACUUUGAGAACAGGCUUCAUGUUCGUAUUCAUUCAGCUCUCGCCUCAAUGAGGGCUGCUGCAGCCCAGCCGUGACAAUUGUAUCUGCACCUCAGAAAGGACUGGAAACAAUGUCUAUAAAAAAAAUAAAAAAAGCAACAAUACCAUCAGGUCACUAGUGUUACACUGUUUUUAUAUGUUUUAAUUUAUUUCAUUUUAGUUUUGGAUUCUGAGCCAAUACAUCAUUUGAAAAUAUGUGCAACAUAACCAUGGGAGAACAGUUACGGGAGGUAUUUCAUUUAUCUGUUAUUGAACUUGAAUUUUUAUUGUUUAGAUGGUUCAUUUUAAAACUAAAUGCCAGUCAAAUCAGAUGAAAAGCUGUAAAUUAAUUUCGAAAAAGCAUCCAGAGAGGGAACUAUCUUAUUUGGAGACAACCCAGGUCAAGUAGAGUUGUGAUGUGAAGGCUUUGCUAACCCAGCAGAAUAGUUUUUAUCGGUGUAAAUAUGGCUUUCUCACAUGUUUUAAUAGAUAUCAUGAACACCAUGUUGUGAGCGGCCUAGAUGCACAGUGCCACUCUUGG